AUGAUAUAAAGUGGAGUGCAAUAGUAUGAGGUUCAAGAUUUUAUAUAAAAGAAAAACUAAGAAUAAACAUAACUAAAGGAAAUUCAAAUCUUAACUAUUUAAAAUAUUUUACAUAUAAAUAAGUUAAUUUCUACAUUCUUUUAUAUUUGGUAGGGUUGCAUACUUUGCAGCUUAUCGAUAUUUUAAAUAAGGAACUUUGUUCAGAGUAAAUCCUUAAUUGGAUUUUAAACAUCUCUUUCAGCGCAAUAUAUUUUUCACUAUUAUACUACAUUUUUUAGAAAAGGAGGUUAAAAUUAAUUUAUGCAGAAAGAAUUCAAUUUUCUAAAGAUGGGGUAGCUCUAUUUCUUUUUGAUUGGCUUUCUUCAAGAGAUGAGAAAGCAUGAUUUAAUUUUUUAUCAAGCAAUUUAACUUUUAGAACAAUGUAGUUGA